ACAUGCGCAUAUGACCUUUCUAUUUCAAACUAGGGGCACAUAACAUCUUAAUUGUUUUUUUCUUCUAAAAUGCUAGCGUGCUGAAAUGGUUUUCAAACGGACUCAGUUGCCUGAGCUGUUGUCACAAAGGCUACUUUGGCUUAGGCAGUAGAACCACACAGGUGACAGCUGUGUCGCGGACACCUGCCACGUUCCGACGGGAGAGAGCGCGUAUGGUAUGCUCCCACCAAUAAUGUAGACCAGAGAAUCUGAUUAAAUGCCUCAGUAAAUGUCAAGUUAUUCGGAAAUUAAAUUCUUCUGCACGUAUUUUAUAGUCUUACAGAUUUGGUGGGCUCAAGGGUUGUAGAGAUUAUGCUAGCCUACAUCGGUAACACGGUAUUGUGACAUCUGAGGAAACUGAACUAAAACAAACUAAACUCAAAAUGAAAGUUUUAGAAAGUUUAUGCCUGAUCAUCAGCUUCACGACGCUUCUAUCUUUGAUUCACUGUGAGUUCCUGUCACCCAUUACACCCGAUCAAGCAGAGGAUGUGGACGGCAUCUACUUUGUGCAGUUGGACUCAGUACCUGAGGUGGUGACAGGAGGCAAUACUACGGCACGUGUCCGCUACCAGUGCCCCAGAGCAUGCAAGGUCAACCUGGAGGUCGUGCUCACCUCCCCGCACAAGAUUGAGCAGCUGGUCUUCAGAAGGACAUGGACCAGUGUCAAAAACCUGGGCUACCCCAGGGUCCGAAUGGUGCCGCUGAAGUUCCCCGCUGCCAUCAUAUAUAAGCAGGAUUUUUCCCGCAGGCACUCCAUAGACGGCCAUGAGGUGAUGAUAAGAGCUUGGCUGGCCCACAUUGCCACACAUGCCAUGGAGACCCGCCCUGGGGAUGAGGACUAUCACGGCUCCCUGGCACACACUUCUAAGCUUCUCCGCACGGUUCCGCCUGCCGAACGUCCAGCUUCACCACACACAGUGUGCACAUCAUGGGGGGCUGAAUUAAUGCGGCUGCUGACUAGAGGCAGAAUUCACCGGCAGGACACUCCCUAUGAGUCAGAUAUUGUGGAUCUGAUGCAGUUCCCCAUGGCGAGCACUGGAGAAAAUUACGGGGUCAUCCGCACCUUCCAGCCAUUCGUUAACAGGGAGCUUGAGACGGCUCGGCGUCAAAACAUGGAACAUCCAAGAAUGGCCAUCUCAAUGUGGAUCUACCUGUUGAACUGGUGUAGAGGUAUGCGUUGUGGGAUCAUUAAGCAUGUUAAUGAGCGGAGAGACUAUGGCACACCCCUUAUCCUGCUGACAAACACAGGAGAUAUAGUGAUUCAGGUGCGACUAGCUUCAAGAAUCGAGCGAGCCUUCACAUCUUACACUGCCCUGCCUAUCCAGACAUGGAUUCGUUUGGACUGCUAUGUUCAAUAUUCCCAGGUGAACCUUCAAGUAAAUUAUGAAACAACCUCUGAAGAAAAGGUUGAUGUAGUGCAUGCUUUUAACUUUCACGAGGACAUUCUGUGCAAUGACACAUCGGGCUACUUAGUCAUUGGAGGGAGCAGAUACAUGGAUGGCUUCCAUGGCUAUGUUGGACCAGUACGGUAUUAUCGUCUCGGCACAGAAAAGGUAAAUAACCCACUGUCUCCCUCAAAGACACUGGAGGCCUUAGACAGGACCCACUGGGAGUGUGAGGAGAUGAAACUGGUGAUAGCGUGGUUCAUUGACGAGCUAAGACAUCAUAGAGAAAUCUCCUUGCAAGAUAAAUGUCACUCAUACUAUGUAGUUCAAAUGAGAAGAUAUGGACAGGUGACUUGUGCUCAGAUGCUAAACUGGGACUUGCAGAAGAAAUACCAGACGGUAUUCAAGCUGAUAGAGACUCAAGAGGCCCUCAAGUCAGGGGAGUGGAGCAGCUCGGCAGCUAGGCGCCUCGGCAGCUGGUUCUUUGAAGAUGUGGUGAGCAGAAUAGCCAAAGGGGAACCUGUAGCUGGACCAGGGCCUACGCUCUCACCCGUGGCUCUGCUCAAGGUUUCCUCUUGCCUCGGACAACACCAGGCCUCGCUGCUGCUGGCUGCAGUUCAUCUGGCUGGCUUUGGGGUCCCCGAGGACCUUCAGCAGGGUCAUUUGUACAGUUUGAUAGGAGCCGCAGCAGACAAUCGCCUGGCCCUCCUGCACCUGGGCUACAAGCACAUGUAUGGCCUCGACGGCUUCUCCAGGGACCACGCCAUGGCAUACAAUUACUAUGCAAACAUAGGAAGGCAGACCAGUAUUGACAAAGACCAAAUCGAAGAUUCCCAGCAAUACAUAACAGACCCCAUCCACAUCAGUGUCGAGGAGGAGCUGAAUACGCAGAUGGGCGAGACAGAUGAUGUUGUUCAGUACAUCAAACUUCAAGCUGAGAGGGGAGACAUCGAGGCACAGAAACACCUGGCCAACAUUCUCUUUUGGGGAUUGAAUGGUGUGUCUAAGGACGUGGCGACUGCUGUGAAGUGGUAUGCCCGAAGCGCCUUGCAGAUGACUGAUGCCAAAGCCAUGUUCGACUACUCCAUCUUACUAGUCAAGGGCCAAGGUGUGAAGAAGAAUGUAACCAUAGGACUUCAACUUAUGGAGAAAGCUGCGGCCAUGGGUAGCACAGAGGCAUUGAAUGGGCUGGGAUGGUAUUACAGCACCAUCGUGAAAGAACCCAAGAGAGCUCUGAAGUACUUUCAGCAGGCGGCCCAAAAUGGAAGCAGCAAUGCCAUCUUCAAUAUAGGAGUCUUUCACCUACAGGGGCACCCCGUGCGGAAUGAGACUGCUGCAUUCGAGUGCUUCCUGAAUUCCUCGUACUAUGGUCACGUGGACGGUGCUCUAGAAGUGGCCCACCACCUCAGCAUUGGGAACCUGCCCGGAGUCACACGGGACCCGGAAAAAGCUGCGAUCCUGCUGAAGAGGAUCAGCGAGCAGAACGGACACCUGGGAUACGCCAACAGGGAAGCCCUCCAAGCCUAUCUCCAGGGUGCCUGGGAUGAGGCACUGGUAAGGUACAUCAUGCUCGCUGAGACGGGCCUGGGAGUGGCGCAGAACAACGCUGCCCAUCUGUGUGAGGAGCUGAACCACAGCAGUGUGUGUCAUUAUCGAUAUUACAACCACUCCAUCUGUAACCAUGCCCCACACUACUCCGGCCUGUUAAAGAUGGGUGACCUAUACAUUCAACACCACGACGUAGUGACGGAUGGUAUGUCUCUGGCCAUGGAGAUGUACAGCAGAGCUGCGUUAGCUGGCAGUCCUCAGGGGAUAUACAACUUGGCAGUUUUGAUAGAGGAAGGACAAGAUAUCCCCCAGAGCAUUCUAAACAACAUGGGGGCUGCCGCUGAGAAGAGAGGCGAUAACAGUGCCAUUGUGCAGCGUCUACUGCAAAGAUGUGUGGAGAUUGCAGAGGAGUGGGAGGGAGACACUUUAAACCCAUGCGCUCUGGCCUUAUUAAGAGUCAACAUCCAAACAGCCUGGAGGGACUUCACCCAGGACACACUGCAGUUAGCAAUGGCGUAUGGAAUGCUCGGAGGUUUUCUCAUUGUUCUGGCUUAUGUUAUUGUGCAGAUUACAUUAGGGCGUGGCGGCGAGGCCGUAUCCGCCUGGCAACGUGACGGCGCAUUAGCCGGGUCAGAGGAUUCAGCACCUGUCCGUCCGGCUGACAGGCAGCCGAGGGAUGAAAUGGAUGGCGCAUCUCGAAGAGAAAUGGGAUCCCUCCGAGUCAAUCCAUCAGACCGGUCGGCGCAGCCAGGUGUGUCGCCGCCGCCGCACCAGAAUCGGCGGGUGCGGGAGCUGCAGGAGGGCAUUGACGCGGUCAUCACGGUAGCAGGGGUAUGCCUGUGCGCCCUGGCCACUAUGAUUCUCUCUCACAUGCUGUGACGGGACAGAACGAAAUGGUACGGGACGAGGAGUCCAGAGUUUUUACGUGGACGGACUUGAUCCACAUGUCCUUCCCCGAGUUUAUGUAUGUAGUGAACAUGCACAGAACUGAUGACCAACUGAAUGUCACUAUUGGUUCAAAAAUGUACUCCAUGAAGCAUGUGUAUAAUGUAAGAAAUGGAAAGCAAUGGAGAAGACACCUUUACACAGGCUUGUGUUAGGCACCAGUACACUGCUAUACAAAAGCACAACAAUAUUGUUAUGAUUUUCUGCUCUUGGUGGAAAAACAGGUCUCAGUGCUUCUGUUUCACCAGACAUACUUUUCUUUGAAAUGCUUUUUUUUCCAUUCCUUCUGGGUAAAUCUUUUUCAAAUGUAUUAUCAUUAAUAAACCACAAGAUGGCAGAAACUGCAUUUACACAUCAACAAAGGCUGACACUGACAACUCCAUCUUGCAUUUCGCUUUCCUGUGGAAGCAUAUAGCUCAGAGGCUCUACCGACACACACAUACACACACUGUUUAUUUAUAAACAUAUUUGAUGAUUUGUGAUAUAAUCACAAUCACUAAUUCAGCAUUCAAGCAUUCCCCCCCACUCCUGAUGCCAGUGGAGAUGCGCCUCAGUUUUGAGCAUUUUUGGUCCGUGUUGACAUUACCUCAGAAUACAGCUGCUGAGUGGGAGGCCUAGUGUUACAUUUGAGAGAUGGAAUAGCACUGUGUUUGCAGUACAGCUGUGGCCUGCUUUAAAUGCUUGGGGCCAGGCACCUGGUGUUUUAGCAAUGUUUCAUGGCUUGAGAAAAAAAGUGCUUGCUUUCAUUCUUUUUUAUUGUCUCAAAAGUGACAUCUAAUGGUGAACAUAUGCACCUGCGUGUGUUAUUAACUGAAUCCAUCUGCCACUGCCAAGCAGCCUGGAGAAAGUGGCCUGGCUUGUUUUUAACACAUCAAUGCAGAUGUGGGCCAGUGUUCCUCAGACUGAUGUUACUGCUGCAUCAGGACCUCUGAGAGGAUGGGUAAUUGGCCGGAGUGGGACAAUCAGUGAAGGAAAAGUAGCUAAUUCAGCAGAGGGAUAGCACUGGUGCGGAAGUCAUCUUCUCACUUCUACCAUGUACACAUCUUUGAAGGAAUUUAAUAAAAGACUUGACUGGG